AAACUGUUAUUCUGCGCUGCUCGGGUGCUCUCUCCAUCUCCCACCCAAGACAAGAGUGACCCAACUCAGCUGCAUUUUGGAGCAACAGUGCGCCUAAAAGAGCCUCACAGAAAAAGAGGGCAAAUCGCCAUUGUUUUCGUGGUUUUUUUUAACAAGAACUACACCAGCAUUGCGAAGAAAAAAAUAAUGGAGUAGUGGUUGAAUUUGUAGUGCCAAAAACAGUACCUUUUCCAGCAAACGAAGAAGGAAAGGUUAAAAGAGCCAAGACAGGAUUUAGAGGAAAACAGAGAAAGAGACAAAAGGACUCACCCCAUCUUCGCUUCGAUACAAGGGAGAAAUAUCAAUGUGGAGAAAGAUGCUCACUUGUUCACUGGUAAAAAUAGUAGCUUUUGCAUCAAACAUACUAGGAGAGGUGAAACCUUACAAGAUACAACAAACUCAUAGAGAUGCAGCAAAAAGAUGAGAAGCUCUGUUGCUCAUUGUGUAUCAAAAGGCAAAUGUGGUUUUUCCUCCAACCAAAGUAGAACAAAGAAUGGUCCCGUAGAUGUUGUAGAAGAAAGCAAGCACUAAUUUCUGUCCUACUUCGAAAGAGAAAUAGCUACGAGAAUAGGAAACCCAAUUGCAAAUUUGACUGAAAAGUUAACCAUAGAGCAAUUUUUGUUUAAAAUGGGGGAGUAAAGAAGAAGAAGAAGAAGAAGAAGAAGAAGAAGAAGAUGGGUUGCUGUUACUCAAGAGUGGAGAAAGAAGAAAUGGUCUCGCGUUGCAGGGCUCGAAGAAGAUACAUGAAGCAGUUUGUGAAGGCCAGACAAGCCUUCUCUACAGCACACACGUUAUAUCUUCGAUCCCUCCGAGGCACCGGUUCUGCUCUGCUGCAGUUCGCUAACGCCGAAACCAGUCUCCACCGUCACCACGAUCCCCAACACCACCUGCCCCCUAUUCUUCCUUCACCACCACUCCCACCGCCAACUCCGCCGCCUCCACCACCACCUAUGAGCCCGAGUUCCGAUAACUGGACUUCCGUCACUGCCUCUCCUGCUCUACCUCCUCCACCUCCACCGCCACCUUCAAGUUGGGAUUUUUGGGACCCAUUUGCUCCCACUUCGUCAAGAUCCGUCACUGAAGAGGAAUGGGAAGCCACCACAACCGCAUCCGAGGUCCCCGUUCCUACGGCUGGGGCCAGCGUAGCUGCUCCGCCUUCUGUUGUCAGUGUGUAUUCAAAAGAUACCAAGAGCGAACUUGCCAUGGUGGUCUCGAAGAACAGUAAAGAUCUCGUUGAGAUUAUUAAAGAGCUUGAUGAGUAUUUCCUCAAGGCAUCUGACGCUGGAGGCCAUGUUUCAUUGCUCUUAGAAGUACCACAUUGUGGUUUUGCUGCUCAGAAAACGACAGGGAAGGUUUAUAACUACGGAAGGAGUCUGAGUCCAUUGAUAUGGACAAGGGGUUCAAAUUCGAAAUCAAGCAGUUUCGGUAGGUUGGGUGAGGAAAUAAUUGGAGUUGAUAUUGGUAGUGGAGGUUUUCCCAGUACCAGCCACUCUUCCACCGUAGAAAGGCUCUACGCUUGGGAGAAAAAACUUUACCAGGAGGUCAAGAAUGCCGAGACUAUUAAGAUUGAGCACAAGAAGAGGGUGGCCCAGCUUAGGAAGCAAGAGGUAAAAGGGAGAGACUAUGUGAAGAUUGAGAAGAGCAAGAAAGACAUUGAGAAGUUGGAGUCAAGAAUGGCUGUGUCUUCUCAGGCCAUAGAAUCUUCGUCUGCUGAAGUUGCCAGAUUGAGGGAGACAGAACUCUAUCCGCAACUCCUUGAACUAGUGAAAGGAUUGAUGUGCAUGUGGAGAAGCAUGUACGAGUGCAACCAAGUCCAAACUCACAUAGUUCAGCAGUUGAAGUUCCUUAAUACUCCCAUUACAACUACAUAUGCCACCUCUGAGAUUCUUCGUCAAUCAACUCUCCAGCUUGAGCUUGAGGUUCAACAGUGGUACUCAGCUUUCUGCAACCUCAUUCAAACCCAAAGAGAUUACAUCCAUUCCCUCACGGGAUGGCUCCGUCUCAGCCUCUUCCAGUUCAACACUGACUUUCUAACCAAAACCAAACAGAACUCAGCAAUCUACUGUCUCUGUGAAGAUUGGCAGCUUGAGGUGGACAGAAUUCCAGAUAAAGUGGCAUCUGAAGGGAUAAAAAGCCUCUUAACAGUAAUUCAUGCAGUUGUGGCUCAGCAGGCAGAAGAGCAGAGACAAAAGAAGAAGUCAGAGGCUGCAUUUAAAGAGCUUGAGAAGAAGGUAGUUCAACUUAGAUCUUUAGAGUGCAAGUAUGGCCCAUUUUCCAUACUUGAAACAUCACGAACCUCAAGACACAGGGACCCAGUUGCAGAGAAGCGAGCUAAGGUGGAGAUUCUGCGAUCCAAAGCUGAAGAGGAGAAGACAAAGCAUGAGAAAUUGGUGGGUGUGACGAGGGCAAUGACACUGAACAACCUGCAAAUGGGGUUUCCAAAUGUCUUUCAGGCAAUGACUGGUUUUUCCAGUGUAUGCAUACAGGCCUUUGAAUCAGUGUCUAAUAAGUCCAAGAGCAAUGGUCAAGGCAAUGAACUGAAGAGGAUACUACCGUAAGUAAUGGCCUGUACCUCUAUGUUAUUAUCCAUGUGAUGGGACUCUGUAUAUAUAUGUGCAUCCCCAUUGUGAAAUGGAACCCAGAAGCUUAACAUCACGUCGGGUGGUAGGAUUCCAUUGAAAAGUGGGGAUAAACUAAAAGUUUGAGAGAUGAAAAGUGGCAAUCGUUGGGUUGCAAUGUAUGCAAGGAAAUGUAAGGAGUUUGCUUUGGGUUUCAUACUAACCAGUGACUAGCUUUUUCAUGUUACAUAAGACCCAUUUUCAUUGGGGUGUAAGGCUGUUCCUUGUUUGAUAUGUUUGAUUUUCAAGAGAAGUUUUCACAGGUAUUUGCAAUGGGAUA